CGGAAAUGCUGUGUGAGACGUGGCUCCGCCUAUUCUUGCUGUCAUGGCUGAACGCGGUGCAGUAAGGUAGUUUUUCGUCUGCUUCAGUAUCACAGAUGUGGGCUAGAGUAUUUCUGCGUCCCAAGCUGUUCAACCGAGUUCAUCUCACGCGGAGUCUGAGGUCAUUCAUCACCAUGCAACUGAAAACUAAAGAGUUAAAAUCUUUAUUCACUGAGGGGCUUGUUAGCCUUGCGGAAAUAUUUGAAAAGCAACAGUUUGAGCUGAGAAUCGCAGGAGGUGCUGUGCGGGACCUCCUGUCAGGAAAACGGCCUGAAGAUGUGGAUUUUGCCACCACUGCCACACCUGAGGAGAUGAAGACCAUGUUUCAGAAAGCAGGAAUCAGAAUGAUCAAUAACAAAGGGGAGAAGCAUGGGACCAUCACUGCCAGGCUUCAUAAUGAAAACUUUGAGGUGACCACUUUACGAGUGGACGUACAGACAGACGGGCGGCAUGCAGAGGUGGAGUUUACCACUGACUGGCAGAAAGAUGCCGAGCGCAGAGACCUUACUAUAAACUCCAUGUUCUUAGGGUUAGAUGGAACUCUGUACGAUUAUUUCCAGGGCUAUGAGGACCUCAAGAACAGGAAAGUACGGUUUGUCGGCAGCGCUUCACUAAGGAUCCAGGAGGACUAUCUGCGAAUUUUGAGAUAUUUCAGAUUCUACGGGCGGGUAGCAGCUGAACCUGGACAACAUGAACCUGAAACUUUGAAGGCAAUAAGAGAUAACGCGAAUGGAUUGGCUGGUAUCUCAGGGGAGAGGAUCUGGGUGGAACUGAAAAAGAUGGUGGUUGGACAUCAUGCUGGUCAUCUGCUGGAGCUCAUCUAUGAGUUGGGUUUGCCUCAGUAUAUAGGUCUUCCAGUAGAUGGCAAUGUAGGAGAAAUGAAGCAGAUCUGGCAGAGAGCAUGCGAUGGCUCUCCUAAACCCAUGACCAUCUUGUCCAGUCUGUUUCGAACCAAGGAGGAUGUGGAAAGACUAGAUCUGCGUCUAAAGGUUUCCAGAGAAGAGAAAACCCUUGGAAUCUUUCUAGUCAAGUACAGACGGGACCUUGUUAAGGGGAGAGAUGACCAUGACAGCCUUAAACCCUACACAGAUUUCAUCAUUGAUUCUCGAGAGCUGGACACAAAGAGUAAAGUACUGGAGCUUCUGAAGUAUCAGGGAGAAAAGAAAAUCUUUAAUGAGCUCAGUAGGUGGUCCAUCCCCCGUUUCCCAGUCAGCGGGCAUGACCUACGCAAGCAGGGCAUCACCUCAGGCAAAGAGAUUGGCACCAUCCUUCAGGAGCUCAGGGACACGUGGAAGAAAAGCCGCUAUCAGAUGGACAAAGAGGAACUCCUGGCCACGCUCAAUACAUCCUGAUACAAGACUACAGAUGUACUGUACAUGUUCAGCGUCCACACGCUAACACAAGUAAGAGGAGUAAAGAAACCAUCAGGGCCAUCUGUAGCGUAUGUAUUAUAAUUUAAGAUGCAGAGAAUGUCAUCGUCACAUUUAAAACACUGUUACAAAUGGUAUGACAUACAUAGACAAACACUUUUUUAGGUUUUGCUAACUACGCAUGAAGUUGUUGAUUCUUUUUCUCUGUAAAUGGCAAUUUAGUUUGACAAGAUCGUCUUGGAUUAAUAUUUGUUUAAAUAUGCAAGUUGAGGGUUGAAAAGAUGCAAAGUUCAUUUUGUUCAUUUGAUGCAGAAUUUUGCCCUUUGGUAAUUGCGAAGUGGUGUAAUUACAAGGAGGUAAUUUAGCUGUCUCUCAGUGAUGAGAUAAGAUCACUUUCAUGAAGCCGUAGCCAUGGUUUCAUUAUGAAGAAAAAUUAUGUUCCUCUUCUCAACGGUUCACGGUUGUUAGAAGGUUAUGUAACCAAUUCUCCAGGUGUUUACUUUGAAAUAAAGUAGCACACAUCUCUU